CGGCGUUGCGUGACGUCAUCGCCGCGCGACAGGGCGCUUACGGGAGAUCUGGGUCACGGUAGAGGAUCAUCGUCUCCAGGGACGGGUUCCUGCGUGGCCCCACGUGGCCCGGCCUCAGUUUACCACCUACUGAGUAAAGUUCUGCACGGCGGUCUACGAGGUCCCUCCGACGCUAAGCAGGUCCUCCAUCUGGGUCAGUGACUUGUUUUCUCUUGCCAUCAGAGCUCGAAGGAAAAACAAUGCCUUUGGGCGGCCUGCUUGGCCUGCUGAGGCACUGUGCUGUGAGGACAGCCUCUCCUGCACCCUGCCACCUCCACACGUCCUCUUGGAGAGCUGAUAGCAGCAGAGCUUCAUUCACUCGCCUGCGCCGCCAGGCCUAUGCUCGCCUCUACCCUGUGCUGUUGGUCAAGCAGGACGGUUCCACUAUCCAUAUCCGAUACCGGGAGCCACGACGCAUGCUAGCGAUGCCCCUAGACCUGGAUUCCCUAUCUCCAGAAGAGCGCCGGGCCCGAUUCCGAAAACGUGAGGCUCAGCUCUUGCAGAAGAGGGAGGAAGAGCCAGAGAUGAUUGACAAUUUUGACACUGAACGAUACAAACGGUUUUGGACCAAGACUAAGAAGUAAUUCUGUCAGGGAGUCACCCAGAGACAUUUUGUAAGAAUGGAGAGGCAUCUGCCUGUAAACUACAUUCUUGAAACCAUA